AUGACAUCAAGUCGUCUAAGCACGCGGUUAACGGACGCCGACUGGAACAACAUCGCCUACUCCGCCGACAUCGUCCACAACAAGGUGGAGCAGUUCGACGAGCCAACGCUGUUACCGAUCGUCCAGGAGAUAGCUCCAGCUGCCGGCGUCUACAGUAACGCCCAGGACAUGGCGAAGUGGCUUCGCUUUCAUCUCAACUCGGGAAAGAACGAGCAAGGACACCAGGUGGUCGGUGCGCAGGCUCUGCAGGACACCUACCACCCGAACACCGCCUGGUAUACCACUUACCUCACCCGGGACACCUUCCCCGUCGACGACCUCAUCUACUCCUACGCCAUGGGCUGGAGGAACGGCGUGUACAGAGGUUACAAGAAGAAUCUCCACAUGGCCGCCUACAACGGCUACCAAGGGACGCUCACGUUCCUGCCUGAAGUCGGCGUCGGUGUAUGGGCUCACCUCUCCGGCGCUGCCAACCACAGGGGCUUCGACGCCAGGAACACCGUCAUCAUGUACAGCCUUGACCUCAUGCUGGGCAACGAGAUCUGGUUGAACUCAAGCACUGCCUGCUCCUUCCCGUCACCGUGGUUGCAGGAGGAUGCCGUACCUCCAGCCCCUGCCGUCCCUGAAAAUGGCGUCGCCAUCAACACCACCGAGUAUAUUGGCAAAUACUACCACCCAGCGUUCGGUACGCUGGAGAUCUUCCACGACGACGUCGGUGACCAUCUGCUUGGCUAUAGGUGA